AGUACAAUCGACACUCCUUCCAGUACAACAAAACUCCUCCCAGUGUAACUGAAACUCCUCCUAGUACAACCAAAACCCCUCCCAGUACAACUAAAACCCCUCCCAGUGCAACUGAAACUCCUUGUACAUUUGCCCAGUUAAUUUUAAUUUUAUAAUUUAAUAUAUGCAAAAAUCUCUACAAUCUCUCCAUCAUCUAGAAAACUCAAGGUUUUUCUCUCUUCUUAUACUUCUUAUACAUUUCCUGCUAUUUCAUCCCACGUAUUACGCACUCUGGAGCUACCGGUAAUAAAACUGAUCUGAAACAGAAAAACCAAACCCUCCCAGUACAACCCAAACCCCUCCCAGUACAACCAAAACCCCUCCUAGCACAACUGAAACUCCUCCCAGUUCAAACAAAUUAAGAACCCAAAUUUUUGACAGAUGGAGGAUCAGACUUACUAUUUAGCACAAGAAAAAGUGAGGGAGGCUGAAUCCUCGUCAUCAAAGAAGCGAAAACAUGACGAAGCCAAAGAAAAAUUGGGACAGGCGACGACAGAAAAGAUGACGACCACCGUAGGUUCUACUACAUGCUUGGUUGGUUGUAAUGUGCACCCUCACCACUAGAUGCCACUAAAUCUUACACACUGCACCUUUAAAGAGAUUCGGUCGGAGUGCCAUUAACAAGAGAUAUAUUAACACUCAUAGAAAGCCUCUCAGCCAAUCCGAUUGCAAGGUCACAACUAACUGUGAUAAUAUAAUUUAAUACAUACAGAAAUCUCUAUAAUCUCUCCAUCAUCUAGAAAACUCAAGGACGUUUUUCUCUCUUCUUAUACGACAUUUCCUGCUUUUUCAUCCCACGCAUUACACACUCUGGAGCUACCGGUAAUAAAACUGAUCUGAAACGGAAAUAAAAUUUGUGUUCCAUGUUAAGGUCAUGUGGUCAGUUGUCCAACCUGGGAGUAAAAUUGAAAGGUUAUAUUUGACCCUCUAGUCUAAACUUUCUGAUGUCCAGAGGUUAAAAGAAGAUGAAUGAGCGGUUUAAAUGGUCCGGCACGCGGCCUGCACCGUUUGUCCUGUAGCAGGAUGUGUGCAAAUGAGGUCAUGACCUAAUCGUGUCCAUCUGACCCUGCUCUGGACCUUCUGAUGAGUGUUAGUGGAGUGAUGUCACAGAGAGGCCUAUAAAAGUUGGAGAUGGCCAGUUUGACCAUAAGCUGCAUCUGUUCAACACCUGUGGCUGUCAAAGAGACCCGAGUUCUGGACACCAUGCUGAGCGAACGUCUCCUGCUGUUAACGCUUACCUGCUACGUCUUGGUCUGGUCAGUUAACUGCGAUGAUUUCAUGGAGGUCCGUUCUGCGGAGGAGGAGAAAGAGCUGAUUGAUGCUCUUCAGGAGGUCCUUGAAAAACUGAGGAACAAACAGAUCCCGUCCACUGAGAAGAGGCUGGGCUGGGUCCCUUCAUGUGAAGCUGGAGAGCAGUGUGCCGUCCGUAAAGGUGCGCGCUUUGGAAAGGUGUGCACCUGUCCUGAAGGAACCGCAUGCAGCUUCUCAGCUCUACAGUGCUUGUGAGAUGGAAGUCUG